CAAUUCCUUGCCCUCCCUUCACCACCAACCCUAGCUGGCAUAAUGCACGCGCUGCAACUCUUGGCCGCCGUUCUGUCUAUGGCGUCGUAUGCCGGAGCUCAUACCUCUCGCCGGUCAUGGAUUCCUGAAAAGACGCUCGAUCUGGCAACCUACCGCCUGACCACCCGCUCCAACUACACCUCGAUUGACGACACGUCUAAACCUGCCUUCCUCACCAAGGGGUAUAACAGCUAUGUGGACGCGGCUGUCAGCCUUGCGCAGGGCCUCUAUCCUGACGUGGAAUUCCGUGUUGUUCAGGAUCACUACGUGGACGUCAGCGGAGUUGCCCAUGUUCACCUCAAGCAAAUCUUGCAUGGGCUUGACAUUAGCAAUGCAAAUCUCAAUGUGAAUGUCGGUGCGGAUGGCAAGAUCAUUUCGUACGGCAGUUCUUUUUACACCGGUGCCGUUCCCUCUAUCAACCCCCUGAAGAGGGGCAAGUUUGCCACUCCUGUCGCGGCCCUCAAGGGGGUUGUUAGCACGCUUAAACUGCCGAUCACCUUCACCACCUUGGUCAGUAAGCCGAUUGAUGGCCUUCAGCGAUUCUCCUUUGAAGGAGCCACUGGAACCCUCUCGAAUCCUGUUGCUUCGCUCGCCUACUUGGUUAAAUCCAAUGGCGAGAUUGCCCUUGUCUGGAAUGUCGAGACUGACAUUGGGGAUAACUGGCUUUCCUCAUAUAUUGAUGCUAUUGACAGCAAGGCCGUGUACGGUGUCAUCGACUACGUAGCAUCUGCAACUUUUGAAGUCUACCCCUGGGGUGUCAACGACCCGGACCAGGGUAAGCGGGAGCUUCUUACAGAUCCUUGGGACAUAGCGGCCUCGGAAUUCACUUGGCUAUCUACCGGAGAGACCAACUACACCACCACGUGGGGCAACAACGGGGUAGCUCAGAUUAACCCGUUGGGGUAUCCUGGGUACCUCUUGAACUAUCGUCCCAACAGCACCACUUUGGACUUUGAGUACCCCUACCAGCCCACGGAUCCCGUGCCCCUGAAGUAUGCCAAUGCAUCCGUGACCCAGCUGUUUUACACUGCGAACCAUUAUCACGACCUACUCUAUCGCCUUGGCUUUACUGAGAAGGCCGGGAACUUCGAAACCAAUAACAACGGGCAAGGUGGACUUGAAAAUAACAUGGUUGUCCUGAAUGCGCAGGAUGGUUCCGGGUUCAAUAACGCCAACUUUGCCACGCCCCCUGAUGGGCUCCCACCCCGGAUGCGCAUGUACAUCUGGACCCAGUCCAUCCCUUUCCGCGACUGCGCGUUUGACGCCAGCGUGGUUAUCCAUGAAUACACCCACGGCCUUUCCAAUCGCUUGACGGGAGGCCCCUUGAACUCGGGGUGUCUGUCAACGACCGAAGCCGGAGGUAUGGGUGAGGGAUGGAGUGAUUUCUUCGCAGUCGCGUCCUAUGUGAAGUCGAGUGAUACCAGGAACGAUGACGCAGUCGUCGGGGCUUGGAUCUAUAACAACGAAGGCGGCAUCCGUACCUACCCUUACUCCACCAAGCUUUUGACGAACCCUUACACGUACGCGACCAUCAACGUCUACAAUGAGGUACACGACAUCGGCGAGAUCUGGGCCACGAUGCUCUACGAGGUUCUCUGGAACAUACUGGACAAGCACGGCCACGGGGACGAGACUCUUCCUGUCGUUGUUGACGGCAUCCCCACCGACGGCAGGUAUCUCACCAUGAAGAUCGUGAUGCUUGGCAUGGCUCUCCAACCCUGCAGCCCUACCUUUAUCACCGCCCGAAACGCCAUCCUGGACGCGGACAAGAUCCUCACUGGCGGCGACAACCAGUGCGAGAUCUGGACAGGCUUCGCCAAGCGGGGUCUUGGGGCGGCGGCGGUAUACCUUCCCUCUAGCGGGCUUUAUGUCAACAGCUUUACUGUCCCCGGCUGGGCUUGCUAGAUACAUAGGCUACAUUUGCGGGAGCUUUUAAGGGUGCGGGUGGAAAGGACGAUAAUUUGGCCCUUCAGGUGGAGAUAAGCCUAUUAAUAGUUAUUAUUCAUGAAGAAGGAAGAAGGACAGGUUCUGCUACGUAUUGAAAUUGACUUCUAACAACUAG